CGCAGCUCGCCUCUCCGGCCCUCCCCACGCCCGAGGCGGCGAGGCCACAGCAUGUGAAGGUUAGAGCCGGGCGUCGCGAGGAGCCGCCGGGAAAGAUGGGGGAUGCUGCGGACCCCAAGGAGGUGAGAAAGACCUUCAUCGUACCAGCCAUCAAGCCCUUCGACCACUAUGAUUUCUCCAGGGCCAAAAUCGCCUGCAACCUGGCCUGGCUGGUGGCCAAAGCCUUUGGGACAGAAAAUGUGCCAGAGGAACUUCGAGAACCAUUUUACACUGAUCAGUAUGACCAGGAGCAUAUCAAACCUCCCGUGGUUAAUCUGCUUCUAUCAGCAGAACUGUACUGUCGAGCUGGGAGCCUCAUUCUCAAAAGCGAUGCUGCCAAACCCCUUUUGGGCCAUGAUGCUGUCAUCCAGGCUUUAGCACAGAAAGGUCUUUAUGUCACUGACCAGGAGAGAUUGGUAACUGAAAGAGAUCUCCACAAGAAACCCAUCCAGAUGAGUGCACAUUUGGCCAUGAUAGAUACCCUCAUGAUGGCUUACACUGUAGAAAUGGUCAGUGUAGAAAAAGUAAUUGCGUGUGCUCAACAGUAUUCAGCUUUUUUCCAAGCCACAGAUCUGCCCUAUGAUAUUGAGGAUGCUGUCAUGUACUGGAUAAAUAAGGUAAAUGAACAUUUGAAAGACAUAAUGGAACAAGAACAAAAAUUGAAAGAACAUCACACAGUUGAAACUCCUGGUGGUCAAAAGUCUCCUUCCAAAUGGUUUUGGAAACUGGUUCCAGCUCGUUACAGGAAGGAGCAGACAUUGCUUAAGCAAUUGCCUUGCAUUCCACUGGUAGAAAACUUGUUAAAGGACGGUACAGAUGGCUGUGCGCUAGCUGCCCUUAUUCAUUUUUACUCUCCUGGUGUUGUCAGAUUAGAGGAUAUUUGUUUGAAAGAAACUAUGUCUUUGGCUGAUAGCCUGUAUAAUCUGCAGCUGAUUCAAGAAUUUUGCCAAGAAUACUUGAACCAGUGUUGCCAUUUCACUCUGGAAGAUAUGCUCUAUGCUGCUUCAUCCAUAAAGAGUAAUUAUUUGGUGUUCAUGGCAGAACUCUUCUGGUGGUUUGAAGUUGUGAAGCCGUCAUUUGUACAGCCUCGUGUUGUUUGUCCACAAGGAGCUGAAUCUAUAAAAGAUAUGCCGUCAGUUCCUGUCUUGAACACUGCCAGAAGAAGCGUCUUGGACAGUUCAUGCAGCUCUGACUUCACUUCUGGUGGGGAAGGAGCUACAUUCACACAGUCUCAUCAUUUACCUGCUAGAUAUUCACAUCCCCAAGCUCAUUCUUCAUCUUCAGGAGGAAUUAGAAGGUCUUCAUCCAUGUCUUAUGUUGAUGGCUUCAUAGGAACAUGGCCCAAAGAGAAAAGAUCAUCAGUGCAUGGUGUUUCAUUUGAUAUUUCUUUUGAUAAAGAAGAUAGCAUACAGAGACCCACUCCAAACCGAGGAAUCACUCGUUCUAUUAGUAAUGAAGGACUAACUCUGAACAACAAUCGUUUACCUAAACAUAUUAGGAAAAAUUUGUCCUUUAAGCCAGUAAAUGGAGAAGAAGAAGCAGAAAGCAUUGAAGAGGAACUUAAUAUAGACCCUCACCGUGACCUCAGAUCUUACAUGCCCCUUAAUGCAAAUGAACUAAAUUCUAACGAGAACAUGCAUUACAAGCUUCCCAAUGGAGCUUUACAAAAUAGAGUUAUUCUAGAUGAGUUUGGCAAUCAGAUUGAAACACCAAGCAUUGAGGAAGCAUUACAAAUAAUUCAUGAUACUGAAAAGUCUCCCCGUACACCUCGGCCAGACCAAAUUGCUAAUGGCUUCUUCCUUCACAGCCAGGAAAUGAGUAUCUUAAAUUCCAAUAUCAAGCUAAGUCAGUCUAGUCCAGAUAACAUAACUGAUACAAAAGGUGCCUUAAGUCCCAUAACUGAUACCACAGAAGUAGACACUGGAAUUCACGUUCCUUCAGAAGACAUUCCUGAAACUAUGGAUGAAGACUCCUCUUUGAGAGAUUAUACUGUAAGCUUAGAUUCUGACAUGGAUGAUGCAUCUAAAUUUCUUCAGGAUUAUGAUAUAAGAACCAGCAACCCCAGAGAAGCUUUGAGUCCUUGUCCAAGUACUGUAAGUACCAAGUCUCAGCCAGGUAGCAGCGCUUCUUCUAGCUCUGGGGUUAAGAUGACCAGCUUUGCUGAACAGAAGUUCAGGAAACUGAAUCAUACUGAUGGAAAAAGUAGUGGAAGCAGUUCUCAAAAAACUACUCCAGAGGGCUCUGAACUUAACAUUCCUCAUGUGGUUGCCUGGGCACAAAUUCCAGAAGAAACAGGCCUUCCGCAAGGACGGGACACUACACAGCUGUUGGCUUCUGAAAUGGUGCAUCUUAGGAUGAAGCUAGAAGAAAAGAGGCGUGCUAUAGAAGCCCAAAAAAAGAAGAUGGAAGCGGCUUUUACCAAACAGAGGCAGAAAAUGGGAAGGACAGCAUUCCUUACUGUAGUGAAAAAGAAAGGGGAUGGGAUUUCCCCUCUUCGAGAGGAAGCAGCCGGUGCAGAAGAUGAGAAAGUAUAUACUGAUCGCGCAAAAGAAAAGGAACCCCAGAAAACUGAUGGGCAAAGGAGCAAGUCUCUGGCAGACAUAAAAGAAAGCAUGGAGAAUCCUCCGACAAAAUGGCUAAAGUCUCCAACAACACCUGUUGAUACUGAGAAGCAGUGGAAUCUAGCAAGCCCCUCAGAAGAGAAUUUAAAUGAAGGAGAGAUUUUAGAAUAUACAAAGUCCAUUGAAAAGUUAAAUUCAUCGUUGCAUCUUCUACAGCAAGAAAUGCAACGCUUGUCCCUUCAGCAGGAGAUGUUAAUGCAGAUGAGAGAACAGCAGUCUUGGGUGAUUUCACCUCCGCAACCCUCUCCACAGAAACAGAUUCGAGAUUUUAAGCCUUCUAGACAGGCAGGCCUGCCAUCAACUGUUGCACCUUUCUCCUCAGACUCCCCUCGUCCAACUCACCCAUCUCCACAGUCUUCUAACAGGAGAAGCACAUCUUUUUCUGUUAAAAAUCAAAGGACUCCUAGGCCGAAUGAACUAAAAAUAACACCUUUGAAUAGAACCUUGACCCCCCCGAGGUCUGUGGAUAGUCUUCCUCGCCUAAGGAGGUUUUCACCAAGUCAAGUUCCCAUUCAGACCCGGUCGUUUGUAUGUUUUGGGGAUGACGGAGAGCCUCAGUUAAAGGAAUCCAAGCUGAAAGAGGAGGCUAAGAAGGAGGACUUGGAAUGUAAAGGGGCUCUGGAGCAGCAGGGACCAAAUCCUGAAGAAAAGGAGAUCAAACCUUUUGAGUCAACAGUUUCAGAAGUCCUGUCACAGCCUGUCACAGAGACUGUAUGUCUGACACCAAGUGAGGACCACUUGACUCGACCUACAGAACCGCCUCCUAAACCCAUUUUUCCACCUACUGCUCCUAAAAAUGUUAAUCUGAUUGAAGUUUCCCUCUCGGAUUUGAAACCCCCUGAAAAGGCUGAUGUAUCUGUUGAAAAAUAUGAUGGAGAAAGUGAUAAAGAACAAUUUGAUGAUGACCAGAAAGUAUUAUAUAUAUUUUACUUUAAGGAUGAUCAAAAAGCAGAAAAUGAUAUGGCAAUGAAACGAGCAGCUUUGAUGGAGAAACGAUUAAGAAGGGAGAAAGAAACUCAGCUCCGGAAACAGCAACUGGAAGCAGAAAUGGAGCACCGGAAAGAGGAAACAAGGCGUAAAACUGAAGAGGAGCGUCAGAAGAAAGAAGAUGAGAAGGCACGCAGAGAAUUUAUUAGGCAAGAAUAUAUGAGGCGAAAACAGCUGAAACUAAUGGAAGACAUGGAUACAGUGAUUAAGCCCCGGCCUCAGGUGGCAAAACAGAAGAAACAGCGGCCAAAGUCAAUUCACAGAGAUCAUAUUGAGUCCCCCAAAACCCCAAUCAAAGGUCCUCCAGUCUCUAGCCUUUCUCUGGCUUCACUGAACACAGGUGAUAAUGAAAGUGUCCAUUCAGGCAAGAGGACACCAAGAUCAGAGUCUGUAGAAGGUUUCUUGUCUCCAAGUCGCUGUGGCAGUCGAAAUGGAGAAAAGGACUGGGAAAAUGCAUCUACAACUUCUUCCGUGGCUUCUGGAACGGAAUACACAGGACCAAAGCUCUACAAAGAACCCAGUGCAAAAUCCAAUAAGCACAUAAUACAAAAUGCUUUAGCCCAUUGCUGUCUGGCUGGAAAAGUAAAUGAAGGUCAGAAGAAAAAGAUCCUGGAGGAAAUGGAGAAGUCCGAUGCCAACAACUUCUUAAUCUUGUUCCGGGAUUCAGGCUGCCAGUUCAGGUCUUUGUAUACUUACUGCCCAGAAACUGAAGAAAUCAGUAAACUGACAGGGAUAGGUCCUAAAUCUAUCACUAAAAAAAUGAUUGAGGGACUUUACAAAUAUAAUUCUGACAGGAAACAGUUUAGCCACAUACCUGCUAAAACUUUAUCUGCCAGUGUUGACGCAAUUACCAUUCAUAGCCAUUUGUGGCAGACCAAAAGACCAGUAACGCCCAAAAAACUUGUACCUACUAAGGCAUAGGAGCUGGGAAAUACUUGCUUCAGAACAUUCAUGAAUUUGCACUUCAUUUUUCCUGACUAUAGAAAAGCUUUCUAAUUGCCAACAAGACUUAUUAACUAAAACUGGACAUUAACUCUGUUGUCAUGAACAACUGGAAUGUAAACCACAGUAUUUUGGAAUGCAGAAGAUUCUCGCUUAGGUGGUAAGUCCAAGUGAUGAAAGGAAGUGCUUGACUCACAAAUGGAGAUCUGUGUUACUGGAUUCAUUUGCUUGAUGCUAGAUAAGUGGAAGCAGCCCUGGAUUCUCGUGGACACGAGGGAACAAAUGUCAGUGAAAUAUGGCUAGGAUUACAAAUUAGGUGUUGUAUUGGUUGCUUUUUUUUUUUAACCUUGUACUGUACAUGCUUGUCUUCAGAUGGUUUAUUUUGUUCCUUUUCUCUCCUGAGGAUUUAUUCUAAGAUACUUUUUAUUUUGUUUUAUGUAGAGAUCAUGAAAGUAAGAAAUACACCUUCAGAAGUAACUUGCACCUUUUUUACAAUGUUGAGAAACACUAGUGUUACAUUUUACAAUGACCCUUAUGUUUUAAUGGUAUUAGAGCAUUUGCAAAAAUUAUUCUAAGUAUUUACCAUUCUGUAUUUAUUAUUCACGCAAGUAUUAAUAUUUCUGUAUUAAAUAAGAAGUGUUGUAAAGAGCUGCUAAUAGGUUUGCUUUAAACCACAUGAGCUUAACCAAGAAUAUGUUAAGCAGUUGCUGAUUAAAUCAGUGCUGUUUUUACACCACUUCUGGCCAACUCGGAAUAAUUUAGAUUGUUCUUUUAACAAAAAAGGAUUUCUAUCUCUUUUAAAGUAAGUCACUUUAUAAGCUGGCAGAAGUGAAUGACACUUUGAGAGUAGUCUUUCAGCCUGAAGAUGUAAGAUUUCCUGAAGCAAGUUCUCAGGAGGUCUUUACAUUAAUAUUUAUAACUGAUACAAAAAUUAUAUUUAGAAAUUUUAAACAUGUACAAAGGGCUA